CAAACUCUCCGAAAUCUCUUAAAUGCUAUCAAGAGAGAGAGUCAAACCGAGGGGGACGACAUUCCGCUUCCUCUUCCACUUGGUCCGAAGCGAAGACCCAUAGAGAUAUCGUCGUAGGGGUGUCAAUAAAGUAACCUAGGGGAAGGUUAGAGGAUAGGUUCGGUGGGCCUCUUCCAUUUUCCGUUUGGCCUGGCUGGAGUCGAUCAAUAUUGGAAUGUCCGUAACGUAUGUAACUCUGUGAUUUUUAAGACAGCUGAAAUGAAAGCUUAAUUCGUUAUCUCUAUUCCCUCCACCACACAUGUUCAAUCUUUUUUUAGCGGUUUCCCCAGAGAUCUUUCUAAUUAACGCCACUUUUCUUUUGCUUAUUCAUGGAGUUGUUUUUAGUACAUCUAAUAAAUCUUCUUAUCCACCGUUAGUCAGUAAUGUGGGUUGGCUUGGAUUACUUAGUGUUCUUAUAACCUUGUUUCUGCUCGCCGCUGGCGCACCUCUCCUAAGUAUAGCCCAUUUCUUCCGGAAUAAUCUUUUUAGGAGGGACAAUUUCACAUAUUUUUGCCAAAUCCUUCCCUUAUUAAGUACGGCUGGUACCAUUUCGAUGUGUUUCGAUUCUUUCGAGCAAGAGAGGUUUGAUGCUUUUGAAUCCAUUGUAUUAAUUCUACUUCCUACUCUAAGUAUGCUCUUAAUGAUCCCGGCUCAUGAUUCAAUUACCAUGUAUUUAGCUAUUGAACCUCAAAGUUUAUGUUUUUAUGUGAUCGCAGCAUCCAAAAGAAAAUCCGAAUUUUCCACGGAAGCCGGCUUGAAAUAUUUGAUCUUAGGUGCAUUUCCCUCUGGAAUAUUAUUGUUCGGGUGCGACCGGACUACUACCGAUCAAUUUGUUGCUCUUUAUAUACUUUUUCAUCUAUCUAGUUCUUUGUACAUCUAGGGCAAUCGAUCUACUUUCCACAUAUAGCCCUGAGGCAGUGUAUCGAUCUCUUUAGUUAGAAAGAUAAGAUCAGGGAGACGGGCUAAGGGAUUCCACUUAGUCUAAUUCCACGACGGAGAGUCGACGUGGCUACAAGUGCUGAUUAUUGGGGGGAAGAGAGCGAAAUCCCCUAAUGGGGUAUUCCGAAGGUGUAAACUAGGCAACGAAAAAGGGGCCCGAUACUUCAACUAUAGGAGCGACCUGUUGGUUCACCAAACCCCGACCCAGCGUCACACGUUCUCCAGGUCCGAAGGGAUCCAGUGCCCAACUACCGACUCCUCCCGGAAUUGCGUUAUCGGAGCCGAGCCAGGAAUAGCCAUUAGUGGAUACCUACCACUUUUCACCGGUUAGAGAGGUCCUCUUUAAUACAUUAAGCGAAUAUGUUCACAGGGGCCAGAAAGACUCGGUCAUAGGAACUUAGACCACCUACGCGCUGGGAAACUCAAACCAUCUCGACCAGAUCUACCAAACGAAUCAGGCCGGAAGACUAUUAGUUCCGAACCGUCCAAAGAAUUCACACGCAAGAAAGGGCCACCAGCUUUCCCCAAAAAAAGGAGAGAUCCGCAGCUUACUGCUCACGGAAA